UGAAAAUGGAGGGAUAUAAUGUUUACAUUCACGUGAAAUUUCUUCGUAAUUAAUUGUGUAUUAUCAUGUAAAUAUGUUUUUAGAUAAUAUUUUUAGUAUUGUGUUAACGUUUUAAAUAUUUUAAAUCAUGAUAAGAAGAUAGUUAUGUUUAUAAAGGACUGUUUUAAAAGAGUACAAAAAUAAAAAAGGAAAUCAAUAUAUUUUAUGUAAUUUAUUAAAUAAUGGUGAUGUCAACACUUUCAUCAAUGUCGAAAAUUAAUAAAACUCGAUACAAUGCAUCUUCACCAAGAAAGCAUCCUCGAGUAAUAAAAUUAAAUUCAGAGUCUUUCCAUUGUAAUAUACAACAAGAUUCUCCAUUGAAUAAUCCCAAAGAAGUUCAAUUACGAGAUGAACAAAAGAAAAAUUUAGUACCACUAGGAUCAAAAAGAGAAUUUGUUGAAAAAUGGCUUUUUAAUUUUGAUAAUACCACAAGUGAUUCAACUUCUCCUGGUUCUUCAGUGGUUUUUGACUCUCCAUCACCAAAACGAGUGCCUUUAUCACCUCUCGAUGAUUUUCGUCAUCACAAAAGACCAAAAUGUUGUAAUGAAAGGAAAAAUAAUCCGAAGUUUUUAACUUCCCCAAUAAAAUUCAAACAAAAUCAAUUAAAAAAAGCAAAUAAAACUAUCCUCCAUGUGCCUGAAGAUAAAAAUGACAUACAAAUAGAAGAUCCACUGAAUAAUAGCUUGAGUCUUACUCCAAAGCUGAAAGCUCGGAAAAAAAUUGUUACUGAAAAAGAUUUAGAGGCUUGUAGAAAGGCAUUUUUUGGAUCUCCAAAGAAAGCAUCUCCAGAAAAAAAACUUUUUAAGCCGAUUUCUCCUCACAAACACUCACCAAGAAAAAGUUAUCUUUUUAUGUUUAGUAGAUUGUCUAAAAAGAAAGUAGAAAAAUGUCCAUUCAUUCGUCGAGAAAGUGAAAAUGAUGAAAAUAUAAUAAUAGAUGAUCAUUUUGGUUCUCCUGAACAUCAAACUAAUUAUGAAAUUGAUUGUGAGUCACCAAGAAUAAUAGACUCAGAGGUUUCAGCUCAAUCACCUUGUAUUUUAGACACUUCUCUAAGUAACUGUGCUUCUCCAUUGCCUAUAGAAAUAGAGUCUUUAGCAUCUCCGGCUGCUAAUGAAUGUAUUGAACUAGAAUCAAGUGAAGGAAAUGAACUCGAUCAAUCUAUUGAUACUGAAGUUAAUCAGACUUUGAAUGAUGAUAUCGAAGAUUCUGCAUCUCUAUUGAAUGCUACAGUUUAUCACAAUAAUGAUAAUGACAAUAAUAUUAUUGAAGAUAUUGAUAUUAACAAAUCACCUAGUAAAAGUAGUAGUAAGUCAGACAGUAAUUUCGUUAUAUCUCAAGGUUCUUCAAAAGACACCGAUAGUACUCAUUUUACGGAAAAGAGAGAUAUAGAUAAACUAGAAGAAGAAGAAGAAGAGGCAGAGAGACCAGAAGAUGUGAAUAAAGAGAAUGAUGACAUUGAUAAAACUUUAAUUGCAGAAGAACACUCACAAAAAAUAUCUCAGGAUUCCUCAUCUACCUCGUUAAGCAUACGCGAGUCACAAAGUAAAAAUACUUGUCCAAAUAAUAUUAGUUUAGAAGCUUCUCCACCUCCUACUACCAAAAAUUCUGAAUGGGAUAAUCGAACCGUUGUUAAUCCAGUCGUUAAGCGGAAGAAAAAACCGAAAAAAGGAUCAUUGGUUGCGAAAUUACAAACUUUAAUUACCUCUCAAACGUCAUUUUUAAGAAUAUGGAGGCAUCAAAUGAAUCGAGAUCGCUUAGAACCCAGUUCUCAAAGUGUCACUAUAAAAGUCAAUCGACGUACUUCUCAAUAUGGAAGAAUAUACAUUUCAGGAACUAUUAUCGAAGAUAAAUUUAAUCUAUUGGAUAAAAGUGAUCAACAAAAUGAUUCUUCAAUUGUUAAAAAUAGAAGUAAAAAUAAUUUAUUGUUAAAAAAAUCUGUUACUAUUUUAAUUGCUCCUGAAAUUGUUGGUAAGAUAAAAUUUAAUGAGAGUAAUUUUUUAAAUAUUUAUCAGCCUUGGGAGAUUAUUGAUAGUGAAGAGUUGAUUUUAAGUGUUCUUUAUUUUACUGUUAAUGUUGAUACUAAUGAUAAUCAAAAUGAAAAUGAUAAGUCUAAAGACGAAACAAGUAAUAACACGAAAACUAGAGAAAUAACUAUUCAAGAAUUUAACUGCGCUUGUUUAACUGCUAAACGAUUAAUUCAAUCGUGCGAUAUUAAAUGUACUAAUAUUAAACCUAAUGUAAUGCAAUAUAUAUUUGAUAAUCUUAGAACCAUGUCGAUAGCUCAAGACCGACCAGAAUUAUACGAAGAAGUAAAACUCUAUAAAAAUGCCAGAGAACGAGAAAAGUAUGAUAACCAGGCAGAUUUAUAUGCAGUCGUAAAUACACUCCAGCACUUGGAAAAAGCUUACAUUCGAGAUUGUGUAACUCCAAAAGAAUAUACAGCAGCUUGCAGUAAAUUAUUAGUACAAUAUCGUGCUGCAUUCAAGCAAGUACAAAGUGAUCAAUUUCCAACAAUUGAUGCAUUUGCAAAAGCAUAUCGUUUAGAUUGCUUAGCAGCGCUAGAAAGAAUAAAAGAAGAUCGACCAAUAACAAUAAAAGACGACAAGGGUAAUACAUCGAAGUGUAUUGCUGAUAUUGUAUCGUUGUUUAUUACAUUGAUGGAUAAAUUACGGUUAGACAUAAAAGCUAUGGAUGAACUUCAUCCUGAUUUACGUGAUUUAGUGGACACUAUGAACCGGUUAAGUAUUUUACCGAGUGAUUUUGAUGGAAGACAAAGAGUCGCGGAAUGGUUACAAACGUUGAAUAAUAUGUCAGCAUCUGAUGAGUUAUCUGAGACACAAGUAAGGCAAUUAAUUUUUGAUCUUGAAACGUCGUACAACGCAUUCACUAAAGUGCUACAUAAUUCAUAAUUUUUUUUAUUAUUUAUCAAUGAUUAUAACAGAAACAGAAUUUUUAUAUAUACUCAAUAAGAAAUGUGAUGAAUAUUCGUGCACAUUAUUGUGCUUUUUCCUGGGCAAUAUGUUGCUUUUAGAGUAAUAUUGAACUCACUGUUUUAUUAUAAAAAAAUAUUUGAAAUCAUAAAUCUCCAUUAGUACCAUUUAAUUGGUGAUGAUUAUAAUACAUACAUGCACAAUAUUUUUAUUAUAUAAAAUGGAGAUUUAUUUCGUUGUUUGAUAGUCAAUCAAUAAAUUAAUUAAUGGAGAUAUCUUAUUAGCUAUUUUGUAGUAAUUUUAAAUACUUGAAGUGUGUCUCAUAUGAUUUACAAUCAUUUGUCUAUCGACUGAGAUUAAAAAAUUAAUCUUUAUUCAAUGAUAAUGUUAUUUUUCUGCAAUUAUUCAAUAUAUAAUUAAAAAUCGUGCUCAAAAAUGAUUUCAGGAGCUUGAUUGU